GAUGAUUAUGAAUAUAAUGCCACGUCAGACUGAUGUAGAGCGCAAUUCAGAGAAAGCACGAGGGGUAUAUCCGUCAGCAAAUUGGCCGAUACGCGUCCCCAUGAAGUAUGAACCCAUUAUUCUUACAUGUCGACCGACUUUACGACCUUCAAAUUGCAGCCCCCCAUCUCUCUCUCUCUCAAAACGCCCCACAUUUCCAAAUACCCUCUCUCUCUCUCUCUCCCUAAAAAAGGACGGAAAUACGAAAAAUUUGACGUCAAUGGCGCAGAAGACAGGGCCGGAGGAGACGGAGUUCAACGUCGUACCUGAUAACAUCGCGCUCUGCGUCAAAUGCGGCGUGGCGGGGAAUUCUGCCGCGAAUAACUUAUGCCAGAAAUGCUUCAGCACGCCUGCAGAGGCUUCCAUCUCCGCAGCCGCGGUCCCUGCGCCAGCGUCGGGCGUGGCGAAGCCGAAAAUCCGUGUUUUCGGAGAGAGAUCCAUCAGAUCCAGCUCGACCGCGAGGUCAUCUCCGCAUAGGAUACUGAAGCUCCUCGAGACGAGCGCAGAUCUGAAGGAGGAUCGGCCGGAGGCGAAGAGAGAAGUGAACCGGUGCUCCGGCUGCAGCCGGAGAGUCGGUUUGACCGGGUUCAGGUGCCGGUGCGGCGAGCUUUUCUGCGCCGAGCAUCGGUACUCCGAUCGCCACGACUGCAGCUACGACUACAAGACCGCCGGACGUGAGGCGAUCGCGAGGGAGAAUCCGUUGGUCAGAGCCGCGAAGAUAGUCAAAAUUUGAAGCUAAAAAGCAUGGAUGAGGAGACGUUUACGUGCAAUGAACAAUCAGGGAGGAUUUCUUCGUCUCGUGAAGAAAUCGAGUGUGGAAAUACUAGGAGAUCGUUGCUCGAUCCUCGUGUUAUUUCUGCAUUUCUCUUCUCGCUGAGUCGACGCGUCUCGUGGCCCCAGGGUGGAACUGUGAAAGAGAGGAUGCAGUGCAAAGGCUUAAGCGACGUUGAUUUUUUUUUUGGUUUCCCUUUAUUUCUUUUUAUUUCAUUUGUUAGGAGUAUAAAAGAGAUUUUUUAUUGUUGUGGCAAAAUUGCUAGAUAUAUUUAAUAGUCUUAUGUAUUUUUUAGAAUUAUGAGAUGGAUUUUUUGGUUAUAA